UAUAAAAGCGACUGUCAAUUUCAUUUGGACCAAACUCUGUCAAAAAUUGUGAAUACUUCAACAACCACCACAAGGAGCUUCAAAUUUACUCACGAUGAGAAUACAAUAUGUCCUGUUGCCCAUUGUUGUGGCUAUUCUUGUGAGCAGCGCAGGAGCAGCCAGAAUUCGUCCUGCAGUUGGUGCCGUUAACAACGCUUUGUAUCAACGCUUUGUCUGUGCCAGAAAGGCCGAUGGAUUCCGUACUUUGCAGCCUGGAAGUUGCUCACAAUUCUACGAGUGCCAAGCUGGCGUUGCCAAGGCCAAGUCCUGUCGCAACUUCUUCGAUCCCAAGAGCCAAAAAUGCGUCAGCUACAACGUUGGUUGCGUUGAGGUUAAGCAGGCAACGAAUAUGUAUGCGGAGGUUGAAGCAACAACAUGUGAAACAACCACACUGCCCUGUGAAGAAACCACUACAACGUGCGUUCCUACAACAACAACCACAUGUGAAGCAACAACCACUACAACGUGUGAACCUACAACAACAACCACUUGUGAAACAACAACCACCACAUGUGAGCCUACAACAACAACCACUUGUGAGCCUACAACAACAACUACUUGUGAAUCUACUACAACCACCACAUGCGAGCCUUCAACAACAACAACCACAACAACAGCUAGCACCACUACAACAACAACCACUUGCUCUACAAGCACAACAACGACGACAACAACCACUUCCACAACAACAACUACAUGCUCUACAAGCACAACAACGACGACAACCACCACCACCACAACAACCACAUGCUCUACAACCACAUCUACCACCACAACAACAACAACCACUACUACAACAACACCUUGCUCCACAACGACAACAACCACCACUACAACAACCACCACAACAACGACAACAACCACAUGCUCUACAACAACAUCUACCACAACAACAACCACCACUACAACAACGACAACAACCACAUGCUCUACAACCACAACAACCACCACCACCACAACAACAACAACCACAUGCUCUACUACCACUACUACAACAACGACAACCACUACCACCACUACAACAACGACGACAACAACAACCACAUGCUCUACAAGCACUACAACAACAACCACCACCACAACUACAACCACUUGCUCUACAUCUACUACAACAACGACAACAACCACCACUACAACAACCACCACUACAACAACCACUACUACAACAACGACAACAACAACCACAUGCUCUACAAGCACUACAACAACAACCACCACCACAACUACUACAACAACAACCACUUGCUCUACAUCUACUACAACAACGACAACAACCACCACGACAACAACCACAACCACUACCACCACUACGACAACCACUUGCUCUACAACCACAACCACCACCACCCCUGCAACGACAACAACAACAACCACUUGCUCUACAACCACCACAACAACAACCACGUGCUCCACCUCUACAACAACCCCGUGCACCUCGGCAUCACCUACGACGCCUACAACAACCUCCUGCCCGCCACCGACAACAAAACCUUGUUCAGAGACGACGACAACAGUUUGCUCAUCACCAGCAACAACCACAUCAGCGACAACAGCUUCCUCUUGGUGGAGGUUGUUUUAGAAUGACAAUAGUUUGAGAUACCACCAAGACACGAUGGGAACACGAAUGUUAUAUUUAGAACCAAUUUCAUAUUCUAUUACAAAGUCUCUUCCUUUAAGCAUCUGCUGCUAUUCCUUUGUUUUCGCAUCUUUCUUUUCACGAUUAAAUUUUCUUCUAAAUUCUGGAGCAUAUUGAA